CUCCUUUGCCUUACUCGCGCCGAGAGAGGCCGAGAGCGAAGCGAAAGGCAAAGAGAAAGCAAAGCACAUCGCGACGCCGACCUCUAUAAAUACCUCCACUAUUCUCCCCCACCCCCCUCGCCUCCGGCCUCCUCCUCGUCCCCAACUUCGCCGCCGCCGUCUCUCGCCUCCGCGCCAAUGCGCCACCAUUCCCCGCCGCCGCCGCCGGACCUCUCCUCCGCCGUGGGCGAGAUCCACCCGCCGCUCGCCUCCGCCGCGCGCUCUUCCUCCAACGGUGGAGGCAGCGGGGGCUCCUUCACCGCGCUGCUGGGGCUCCCGACCUCCCAGGCGAUGGAGCUCCUUCUCCCCACCGCCGCCGCCUCCGCGCCGCCGCCCCCGCCCGCGUUCCCCGCCGACCCGCACCUCGUCGACCGCGCAGCCCGGUUCUCCGCGUUCGCCUCCCCUUCGCCGCCCUCCCCGCCGCCUCCUCCUCCCCCUCCCCCUUCCUCCUCCUCCAAGCGCAAGCCCGACCCCGCCUCCAAGGGGAAGGCGGCUGCGAAGAAGGGGAAGACGGCGGCGAGCGGCGAGGACGGUGGCGACGGCGGCGAGGACGAGAAGCCGGCGUACGUGCACGUGAGGGCGAGAAGAGGGCAAGCCACCGACAGCCACAGCCUCGCCGAGCGGGCGAGACGCGAGAAGAUCAAUGCGAGGAUGGAGCUUCUCAAGGAGCUGGUCCCCGGAUGCAGUAAGCUUUUGCCUUUGGAAGGAUACAAUUGCCAAGGAGUUUUGUGCAAAGUAUCAGGAACAGCACUGGUACUGGAUGAGAUCAUCAAUCAUGUCCAAUCUCUUCAAAGGCAAGUUGAGUACUUGUCAAUGAGGCUCGCAGCUGUAAAUCCGAGGGUCGACUUUGGUGGGCUAGACAACUUCUUGACUACGGAGUGUGGAAGGAUAACAGGCUUGAACUACAAGAAUGGAAUGGAUUUGGAGCAGGUCACCUGGCCAGACAUGGGCGUCCAUGGAGCAAGGAAUCUCAUGCAACUACAACAGCAGUUCUGGCAUGGUGAUUUAGCACACCCGCUCCAGCCGCCUUCACAGUGGGAAAAGCGGACGGAUACCAAUCCCCCUGUCUUUAGCAAUUCAAGUUCCUCCCUCUUCGGCUAUGAUCUAGCAAGCUCUGGAGCGCCGGCCCAGACAGGCAACAAGCUAAAGACGGAGCUGUGAGCCUGUGACCAACGGUGGUGGUAGUGAUAGCAAGCAGGUCAGCAGAGCAAGCCAAACAAACAUACGUGAGCUGUGGACAAUGGCGGCUGGAUGUCAGGAGAGCUAGCUAGCUAGCUAGGCGUGAGCUGUGGACUGACGGCUGCUGCUGCUGCUGCUGCUGCUGUGGAUGGUUGGCAACGUCUUGUGCAGUGCAGCAGUGCGGUGCAUGGGACUUUCAUUGAUUUUGGAGGCCGGAUUCUGAGACGAUGUACAUAUGGAAUGCAAGAUAUAGAGAGAUACUGUUGUUGCUGUUGUUGGAGACUCUUGGAGCUGGAGGUGAUGGAUAUGGAGGUUUUACUGCUGCUAUCUUUUUUUGUAGAGAUGAGCGAGAGAUACUGUGGAUUCUUUUCUUGCUGAUGUAUUCUUGGUGUAUGCCUGACUACGAUGGUUUAAUGUCAAGGUUAUAUGAGCAGCAUUUAUUUGGUGAACAAGUUAAACGAAGUUUAAGGGGUCCAAAGUUAAA